AUGGCUGAAGGAGGUGGUAGUUCACGUCGAGAUGGAAAACGUUACACAGACCUUAGUAAUGAACCAGAUAAACCGUUACCACCGCUUCAAAAGUUCACAAAUCAACCAGUUCCGCAACUUCAAGAUGCUGUCAAGUCUAUUCACAACGCACUUCAAAAACUUCCAUCCGUUCAAGAUCGCGUAUGGCGUGGUAUUAAUGGUAAUAUUGUUGGGCAAUACAAAGCUAAUUCGGUGCACGUUUGGUGGGGUGCAAGUUCCUGCUCCGAUCAAGUUCAUGUAACAGAAACUUUUCUUGACAAGAAAAGCGAUCGAACAUUGUUCAGUAUAAAAUGCUAUGAAGGUAAAAUAAUCAAAAAUCACUCAGCAUUUCCAAAUGAAAGCGAAAUCGUCCUGCCUCCUGGUACCUGUCUUCGAGUUAAAUCUCUGUCGAAUAUAGCAGCUAAAGUUCAUAUUAUUGAUAUGGAACAGAUACCCUAUGAAGAACCUUCGCCAGAGAUUGCUCCUACAUCAUCUGCUUCUACCGAUGAACAUCAUGUCUAUCUCAUUUGGCUCGAUGGUUUCGUGAAUAAGUCGAAAGAUAAUAUUGAAACUCAAGAACAACUUCGACAGUUAAAUAACAACUUCAAAUCAUUUGAAAAGCCUGAUAGAUGUGAAAGUUUCAUUAAUCAGAGUACGAAUCACUCUCGUAUUAUAAUAAUUGUUGGCGGGCAGAUUGGUCGACAAUUUGUUCCAAAAGUUCAUGAUUAUGCUCAUUUGAAAACUAUCUUCGUUUUCUGCAUGAAUAAAGUGGAGAAUGAAAAGUGGGUCAAAAAUCAUGAUAAAGUAACAAGUUUAUUUUUCUCUGCUACUGAACUUUUUUAA